AGGUCCCAAGGGCUUGGAGAAAAGGAAACUCCCAGGCUGUUUCUCCCCCACCCCAAAGCUUGUCCAAGAUCCUAACCUUUGGCCCAGGAACUAAGUCAUGUGGAGCCCAGAAUAGCUCCUGCUGAAUGCCUAGCCAGCUCAGACACAGAGCUUGGGGCAUGGGGACCCUCUGUCUCUUUCUGUCUGGGUUUCCCUCCUUCUCUCUCUAUGCCUUUGGCCUCUUCCUCUCCUCCCCACCACCCUUCCACUUCCCACAUGCUCAUGAGCUGGUCCCCAGAAGAGUGUGGGGGACAGGGAGAGCCCCGAGGUGACAGACAUACCCUCUGUGCCAGGCUGGUGGAGAAGCCCAGCAGAGGGGCUGAGGAAGACCCCGAGGCUGGCCCGGGACCCAUCGUCACCCGCACAGCCUCGGGACCUGCCCUCACCUUGUGGCAGGCAGUGCUGGCCGGGGAUGCGGGCUCUGUCUCCCACAUCCUGGCAGACUCCAGUACUGGCCUGGCACCUGAUUCUGUCUUUGACACCAGCGACCCGGAGCGAUGGAGGGAUUUCCGCUUCAACAUCCGCGCUCUGAGACUCUGGUCUCUGACUUAUGAAGAGGAGCUGACCACCCCUCUGCAUGUGGCGGCCAGCCGUGGCCACACAGAAGUUCUGCGGCUGCUGCUGAGGCGGAGGGCGAGGCCAGACAGUGCCCCUGGGGGCCGCACUGCUCUGCACGAGGCCUGUGUGGGAGGCCACACAGCCUGCGUCCAUGUGCUGCUGGUGGCGGGAGCUGACCCCAACAUCCCUGACCAGGAUGGAAAACGGCCCUUGCAUCUCUGCCAGGGGCCUGGCAUCCUUGAGUGUGCAGAGCUGCUCCUGAGGUUUGGGGCAAGUGUGGACGGUCGGUCCGAGGAAGAAGAGGAGACUCCUUUGCAUGUGGCUGCCCGGCUUGGCCAUGUGGAGCUGGCAGACCUGCUUCUAAGACGUGGGGCAUGCCCUGAUGCUCGUGAUUCAGAAGGCUGGACUCCACUGCUGGCUGCCUGUGAUACCCGCUGCCAGUCUCCUGCAGAUGCCGAGGCUACCACCGCCCGCUGCCUCCAGCUGUGCCGCUUGCUGCUCAAGGCUGGAGCAGAUGCUGAUGCUGCUGACCGGGACAAGAGGCGGCCCCUACACCUGGCCUGUCGUCGUGGCCAUGCUGCUGUGGUGGAGUUGCUCCUGUCCUGUGGUGUCAGUGUCAAUGCCAUGGACUAUGGGGGACACACGGCCCUGCACUGUGCUCUGCAGGGCCCAGCUGCAGCCCUGGCCCAAAGCCCUGAGCAUGUGGUGCGGGCUCUGCUCAACCAUGGAGCUGUCCGCGUCUGGCCAGGGGCCCUCCCUAAGGUGCUAGAGUGCUGGUGCACGUCCCCACGGACCAUCGAGGUCCUGAUGAACACCUACAGUGGCAUGCAACUUCCUGAGGAGGCUAUGGGCCUGGUACCACCUGAAACUCUGCAGAACCAUCAGCGUUUCUACUCUUCCCUCUUCGCCUUGGUGAGAAAGCCCAGGUCACUGCAGCACCUGAGCCGCUGUGUGCUCCGCUCCCACCUGGGAAGCUGCCUGCCCCACGCCCUGCCCCUGCUGCCCCUGCCACCCCGGCUCCUUCGCUACCUGCAGCUCGAUUUUGAGGAUGUGCUCUACUAGCUGUCCACUGCCUUUUGAGAGAGCCUAAAAGCAGAUGCCUCAUCCUGUGGGGGGUGUUUCUCUGCACCACGUCAGGGAAGGUGGCCCCGGCAGCAGGAGGUCCUUCUCUACAGGCAGAUGUGAAUGCUGUGAUUCCCAACAGAGAAAGGCGGACAGACCUCUGCAAGCCAGAUGAUGUCUGAUGAAGAGAGUUAAGACUCAUGCAAAUGAUACUUUCCUCUUGGGUCUCUCCUGAAGCCCCUUGCUAAUCUGUGCAACCCUUGCAUGUGCAUUAAAAAUCUCCAGGCUGCGUUUGAUGCGGUCUCCAACAGACCAUCCUCUGAGCUGGCUCCUUCCCAGGAGAGUCAGGAUGGGCAGACUCACAAGUGCUCCAUAUCUGUCCCAUAGUGCUGGCUGUGUCACUUCCCCUUUGGUAUCUACCAGCUCUUUCAUGUACCCACGAAAUGAAGGAAUGGCCCCCAGGUGAGACAGUGUUAGAUAAGCCUAAAAGAUGUGCAGACGAGGGUUUCAGGUAGGCAGAGCUGCUGUGCAAAUAAAGGCAGGUGGUGCAGAGAGUUGAGGUGAAGGGAGGAGGGAGGAGAGCCGCCGGGAAGGUGGUGGCCAAGCAUGGAGGAUAAUAACCAUGGCUCAGGUGAGAGCGAAAAGCCCAGGUCUAGAAAAACAAAACCAAUUCUAUCAUUGCCUGACACUGUAGGUCAGGGAGCACCCCAGGCAGACCUGCUUCCUGCCACUUUUCAUCUGUUCCUUCCUUAAGUUUAGCUCUGUGACCUCAAAAACACUGAGCUAAGAGUUACAUGACUGGUUCUGGUCUAACUCUGUCGUUAAUUUCUUGUGGAACAUAAAAGUCUCUUGCCUUCCGGGCUCAAGUUUCCGCAUCUGUAAAGAGAAAGAGAAGGAGAGUCCUCUGGUUCACUGAAGUUCCAGGAGUUUAGGAACCUGCCGGAAAGAGGUUGCCAUAGAGCAGCCAGUCAAGUGCACUGUGAUCGCUGACGUCAAGGGUCGCCAGGCAGAGCACCCUGGGCUCGCUCCAGAAUGCGCACGCGCUGGAGCUCGACUUUCCCGCCAAUCGCCGCGUGCGUGCAAAGCUGUGGGG